AUGUUUAAUCCAAUUAAUACACAAGAGCAAUCAUCUACUGAACUCAAUGGAUAUUUCGUUCAUUCACAACUUCUCAUUGAUAUUGUUUUUAGAAUGAAGUCGUCUUCGGCAGAUAAACAUGAACUAAUUUCUUUGUGCAAGGAAGAAUACAAAAAUAAUGCUAGUACAUUGGCUGUGAUUGCCGAUUUUGAGCGAGAUUAUGUAUCUGAUCGAGCUGUAUGGUGGUACACAAGAGAAUCGUUUCUUUAUAGAAUACUAAAUAAAGCGCUUCGGACACAAAAUAUCGAUCUUAUUUUUCUCUUUCGAUUCUUUCUUCGUGAUCUUCGACAACAACUUGAGCAACACCAAUUAUCGUCAUCAAUUCGUACCUAUCGUGCUCAACUAAUAUCCAUAGAAGAAUUGGAAAAAUUGAAAAAAUCGAUUGGAUAUUACCUCUCAAUGAGUUCAUUUCUGUCCACUAGUGUCGAUCGCGAAGUAGCAUUGUUUCUCCUUGGUGAUUCCGAUGUAUCAGACGAUUUAGUAAGAGUCCUAUUUGAGAUUGAUCUUGAUCCUCAAGUUGUUACAGCAAAACCUUUUGCUGAUAUUACUUUACUAAGCUAUUUUGGUGAAGAAAAAGAAGUUCUAAUUAUGCUAGGCUCAAUUUUUCUCUUGGAAAAUAUCUAUAUGGAUGAAAAUGGAAUUUGGAUUAUUCGAAUGAUUUUAUCGAGUGAAAAGGAUCAAGAUUUUAACACAUUAUUUGAGUAUAUGAAGAAACAAUAUCAGAAUGGAGAAACAGGUCUUCUAUCGUUUGGUGAUUCCUUGUGGAGAAUGGGAAAAUUUCAUGAUGCAGAAAAAUACUAUCGGCGUAUGCUCAAUGAGUUACCUCAAGGGCAUGCAGACUUUGCUGCUUGUUAUUAUGCACUGGGUUUGGUGACAUCAGCCAAAGGUAACUUUAAUUCCAGUCUUGAAUGGCAUCACAAAGCUCUAGAGAUGAAAACACGAACUCUGGAACCAACGAAUACUACAAUUGCUGAUAGUUACAACAGUAUUGGCGUCGUUUAUAGACAGAAGACAGAUAAUAAACGAGCUUUAGAAUCUUAUCAUAAAGCAUUAACCAUCUACCAAAAAGCAAAUAACAAAGAUCAUUCGAGUCUAGCCAUAUGCUUCAAUAAUAUGGCUAAUAUCUACAACGAAGAAAAGGAAUACUCCGAAGCACUCAGGUGUCACCAGAUGGCAUUGGUCAUAUUUCAGAAACACCGUCCUCCCGAUCAUCCUGACUUGGGUAUAGCACACAAUAGCAUUGGAAGUGUAUAUGGUUCUCUUGGCGAACAUGAUCUUGCCAUGGAACACUUUAAUUUAUCAUUGAAAAUUUAUAAAAAUCCCUCCCACCUGAACAUCCUCAUGUUGCUAUGA